AUGCCAGGCUUCAGCCCCAGGAAGGGCUGCCGAGAGGUAGCUACUUCUUCACUGUGUACUUUGAACUCUACCGAGGGCUUCUUCUCCUGCCAGGGAGCAUCCCAGAGAGGACAGCUGGACACAGUGACCUUAUGGAAGACAAUCUCACGUCAUUUAUUAAAUACGCCGAAAACCUUCUCACUGUCCUAUUUCGAGUUCACAAAAGGCAAGUGUAAUUUCAGCCACAGGAAGCGCGGCUUUGUCCCGUUUUCCGUCCAGGCGCUGGGGCCUGCCCGGCUGACUUGGGGGCAACGCCGGCUGAGUCCGAGGACCGCUAGCCCCGGACGGAGUGCAUUCCCCGCGGUCCUCCAGCGCCCUUCCCACCGCCCGCCAGGCCGUGCUCCUCGCACGGCCUCCACGCACCACCCGCCGGCCAGCACCCCGGCGGCCCCAGCUCCGGGCGGUGUGUCGUCCCCCCCGCCCCCCCACGGGGGUCACUGGAGGCGAGUAGCCCGGCCGUGUUCCCAGCCCAUCCUCCAGGGCGGCGCGGUGAUUGGCGGGCGCGGCCGCGGGAGUCCCGGGGGCACGGCGCCCCCUAAGGGGCUGCGGAGGGCUGCGGCGGGAGUGGCAAGGCCGGGACAAAGGGCAGACUCCCCCGAGCGUCCCUCCGGGUGCAGGGAGAGCGAGCGGCUCCCCGGAGGAAGAGCGGGACCGCGGCCCUGCUGCACGCUGCCCGCGCUGCCCUUGGUGUUUUUGGACUGGGCCUGCCACUUGCUGUGUAGCCCAGAAGACAGAUUCUAGCCACUCCAACAGCUAUCAGAGUACCUGAAAAC